AGAAGUUGUAUGUAAAGUCUUGUUGCCUUGAACUUGUGUUUGCGAGUACUGUACUUUUUGUAUCGAUUUAUGAAUUACGAGCACGUCACCCGGAUUUGGGGGGCGUUUUACAGACAUGUGUACAACCGUACAAUUAGGUUAGGUUGUUAAAAAAGAGCAUCGAUUCCCCGAGCGCAAGAGAACCAUUAAUAUCAGACUUUUCUUCAAGUCGUUUUAAACUGUGGAAGUUUCGGAUCGACUCAGAUGAAAAAGUCACUUCCUUAUUUCGAGGCACCGACGCUUUCUUAAAUCUUUCUUGCAGGAACACAUUGCAGCACAACACAGGCUUUUAUUUACAGGAAUGGGUGUGAACAAGCUGUAGUGUGAGCAGACGUUGUGACGUGUGAGUGCAGCACAAUGACAGAAGUCAAGGCCCCUUGGCCGCAGGGCACAGAGUGUGUGGCUCGGUACAACUUCACUGGGACGUCUGAACAGGACCUUCCAUUCAAAAGAGGAGAUGUGCUGACCAUCAUUGUGGCCACGAAGGAUCCGAAUUGGUACGAGGCCAAAAACGCAGCCGGACGUGAAGGAAAAAUCCCGGCCAACUACGUUCAGAAAAGAGAAGGCGUGAAAUCGGGCGGAAAGCUGAGUCUCAUGCCGUGGUUUCACGGCAAGAUAACGCGGGGACAAGCUGAGCGACUGCUCCACCCGCCGGAGAUGGGUCUGUACUUGGUGCGGGAGAGCACCAACUUCCCCGGCGAUUACACCCUGUGUGUGAGCUGCGAUGGCAAAGUGGAGCACUACCACAUCAUCUACAAGAACGGGAAGCUCACCAUCGAUGAGGAAGGCUAUUUUGAGAACCUGAUGCAACUAGUUGAGCACUACUCCAAGGAUGCAGACGGCCUGUGCACGAGUCUCAUUAAACCAAAGAUGGAGGAAGGGACUGUGGCGGCUAAGGACGAGUUUUCUAGAAGCGGCUGGUCCAUGAACAGGAAAGACCUCACGCUGCAGCAGGCCAUUGGGAAAGGAGAAUUUGGAGACGUGAUGAUGGGCGACUACGCCGGGACUAAAGUCGCGGUCAAGUGUAUUAAAAACGACGCCACUUCGCAGGCUUUUAUUGCAGAAGCCUCUGUUAUGACGCAACUGCGACACGACAACCUGGUGCAGCUCCUGGGGGUGAUCGUGGAGGAGAACGGCAGUCUGUUUAUCGUCACCGAAUACAUGGCGAAGGGCUGUUUGGUCGACUACUUACGCUCUCGGGGGCGCAGUGUUCUGGAUGGAAAUGCUCUACUGAAGUUUACAUUAGACGUGUGUCAAGCCAUGGCCUACCUGGAGGCGAAUAACUUUGUCCAUCGAGACUUGGCGGCUCGAAACGUUCUGGUAUCCGAAGACCAUAUUGCCAAAGUAAGCGACUUUGGUCUGACCAAGGAGGCGUCCUCCACUCAGGACACCGCCAAACUGCCGGUGAAAUGGACGGCACCAGAAGCUCUGAGAGAAAAGAUAUUCUCCACCAAAUCAGAUGUUUGGAGUUAUGGCAUUUUACUUUGGGAGAUUUACUCAUUUGGCAGAGUGCCGUACCCAAAAAUACCUUUGAAAGAAGUGGUUCUGCGAGUAGAGAAGGGCUAUAAGAUGGACUGUCCAGAAGGCUGCCCGGAGGUGGUGUACAACAUCAUGAAACAGUGCUGGAACCUGGACCCUGCGGAUCGACCGUCCUUUCAUAUGUUGAAGGAAUGGUUGCAGCACAUCAGCAAAGGGCCCGGGAAAAAAGAUUGAUGGUUUAAAAAAAUAAAUCCAGGGAUUUGUUAUUUAUGCAGUAUUCCACUUUAUUUAAAUGUCUAUUCCGUUUUAUAAAAAAAAAAAAAAAAAAAAAACUUUGAUUGUUGAAUUGGUAUUUGACUUAUUUUUGGGAAGGAAGUUUAACCCUGCACAUUUACCUGCAGCCUCAUUUGUUUCUCUGUGGUACCAAACCUAAAUUGCUGAAUGUUCAGUUGUGAGCGGACUCCAUUCCGUCUUUCAUUCAUUGCUUACAGUAAUGUAUUAUAUUAAGUUUGUCAUGGCAAAACGUUGAAAAAAGUGUUCUUUUGUACGAAUAUAUUGUUUUGGAAAUUCGUUCAUAUAGUAAAUAUUUAUUCGGGAAAUUUCUGCCUGAUAUUUUCCAAUGUAACAUGUUAAACGUGUUUUUGUGUGUGUUUGUUAACUGUGUUUUUAUUGUGGUCAAUGGGUCACUCAAUUAAUAAUUUAUAGUAGGCAGAAUUCAAUUCAUAUUAACUUCA